AUGCCGCGACCGAAAUAUUUUACACCAAAUGAAGUAUCUCUGCACAACACGCCUGGAGAUUUGUGGGUGUCGUACCUGGGCAAAGUAUAUAACUUAACCCCUUUGGCUGAGGAAUACAAAGGGGAUGUUCUUUUGAAGCCAAUCCUAGAAUGCGCCGGCAAGGAUAUCACUCAUUGGUUUGACCCAAAGACCAAAGAUAUUCUGACCCACACUGACCCCCUAACUGGCUGUGUAAAGUACUACACCCCUAGGGGGCGCUUUGUGCAUGUGCCCCCUCCCUUCCCAACCACUGACUGGGCCAACGAUUUUGGGAAGCCAUGGUGGCAGGACAGUCGCUACGAGGUAGGGCUGCUCUCUGCCAAGACGCGCUGGAUCCGAAUUAUCAACACACUUACCUCCCAGGAACAGAAACUGGAGGUCUGUUCUGAGGAAACCUUGGAGGAGAUUCUACAGCGUUACCUACUCUACAAUUCACACGCUAAGAGCUACACCUGGAAGCACAAUGGGUUCGACUUGGAUAUGAGCAAGACCUUAAGCGAGAACGGUAUUCCAGAUGAGGAUGAGGAAUUCUACAAGACACGCUUGGACUGUGACCGCUUCUCCCAGUCCGUUUGCCUGUACUUCAAUGACGACCUCACUGAAUUCUGA